AAGUUUUCAUGAAAAUAAACCAAUAAAUUUCCUUAAAAAUUCAGUGAUUUUACUCUAAUUUAAUAAACAAUUGUAAUUAUGGCCGAUAAACUUCCGAGUGCUAUGCCAUCAGCCAGUGAACCAUUUCCAGGUUCACGAACACCGGGCUGGAAUGAUCCACCUACGCUGGAGUUUAAUCCGGUGUCGGCGAGGCCAGGUAACCAACGUACGAGAUUGAAUUUACAUAAAAGGGCGGCUUUUCCACUACAGGGCAUUGGGAGUGGUGAAUUAAGCGGUGGAAAGCCCACAGCCAUAGUAACCCCUCAAGCGAAUUGCGGCUUCCCACCGCCACCGCCACCUCCAAUGAGCAGCGUGUCAGCAUCACAUCCGAUAGCCGUAGUACAUCCUAUGCCUCAUGCCAAUCUAACCAGCUUAAAUACAGCUGGCGAGCAGGAAACUCUAAAUUUACCGGGUAAUGCCACGACUGCAAUUUUUCGUACGCUAAGAGAUCAAAUUGGUUCAGUGCAGGAAUCAAUAAGUGUAAGACGCGAAGAUAUCGAACGGCGUCUAUCCAUUAUAGAACGAUUAUGGCAAACGGGUAAUCUCUGUGUAGAAGUGAAACAAAAAAUCUAUGAUCUCAGUCGGGCGGUCGCCCGUAAACAAUAUACUGAGGCUAUGGAAAUAUACACAACUUUGGUGGCAAAUCAUGCCAAUGAGUGUGCCUCGUGGGCUAUAACAUUACGACAUAUUAUUCUUACUGUGGAACACGAGAACGUUGUCAGUGACAGCAAUAUUUUAUCGAAUGCUCCAAAUGUGCCCACAAUGCUUGUACCCGCCAUGCCACGUACUAACAAUUCCCAGAGUAGUGACGCAUCAACUGCUGCCACCCACAGGGUGCGACAAUGAUAAAAAUGCUGGCCCCGGUCCUGAUACCACCAUUACGCAGUACAUCGUUUAUUAAGAAAGAAGUGAAAACAGUAUACAAAUCUACUAAUUAAUCACACAUACACACAUAUACAUAUUUCCAGAAAUACAAGUAUUGUUAAGCAUUUUGGUUGCCUCCUGAAUAUACCCUAAAGCAAAAGCUUUUAAUGCUUCCACGAUUUUGAUAACAUUGAAGAAAAAACGAGCUCAAUAUAAUAUUAAAAAUUAUAAAGCUUACCGUCGUUCUUUUCUACGAUCAACGCUAUUAUAUAUAUUUUUUAUUUUUUUUUUUUUUUGGCAUUACUAUCGAUAAUAACCAAGAGCAUUUCGUGAAUCGACUGUUCGGUAUAUUAUAUGUCGCUUAAUUUCUUUAGUCCUAAAUGGGUAGUCUUCUCUCACUCCUCAGCUUUAUAUAUGAACGUAUGUUAAUCUCUUCUGUAUUUAU